AUGCUGCGGGAUGUACUGGCAGUCCUUGCUCGCGGAUCUUCUCAGAAGUUAAACCUACGGGAAAAAGAAUACGGUGGCCAUGCGACGAGUUUGCGUUUGCGAGUUCUGCAGAGGGAGGGCGGUAGUGAUGCAUCCAUAAUAUGCGUACCACAAAGUAUCAACAGCGCACUUGGAAGCCGCUGGGGCUCGAAACUCAAGGGAAACGCUGGAGGAACUCAAUUUCGAGUGAAGAUUAAGGGUCUCGACUGCUCCCAGACUCCCGUCGACAAGAAGAGAUCUGUUAGUCCAGGUAAUAUGGUUACAAGGACACCUAUGAAAGAUGAUGGUGUUGUGCUAAAAAAAAAUGACACUGACAUUAUCUACGUCGACGAGUCUGUCUAUGCGAACAAGACCGAUGGCAGUAUUGCGACGCUCAUUCCUUUCUACAUUCCGGACAACUUUGUUGGGACAUUUAACGUCAAUUACAACAUUGCAUCUGGAACUUUAAAGCCUGGGUUUCUCAUAGACGAUUGGGGAAAUUAUUAUGGCUCGUAA